CGUGAAACACCUCACAGUGCCUAUUUCAUCCGACAACAUGCAGGCCAGCUCUGUUGUCUUCCUUCUCUGCGCCUUGAGCCUCGUCACUGGCUUCGACUCACUGCCCGAGGAGGCUGCCCCGCGCAGAGCCCGCUUUUCCUCCAACAGCCCGACUGAUGUGGCCAGAUGUUUGAAUGGUGCUGUGGCUGUGGGGUGUGGAUUCUUCUCCUGUCUUGAGAACUCCACCUGUGACACUGACGGCAUGCAUGAAAUAUGUGAGCUGUUCCUCCACACAGCAGCUACCUUUAACACAGAGGGCAAAACAUUUGUCAAGAAAAGCCUGCACUGCAUCAUCCAAGGAAUCAGUGCUAAAGUCUUCCAGACCAUUCGCCGCUGCAAUAUUUUCCAAAGAAUGAUUGCAGAGGUGCAAGAAGAAUGCUACACGAGUCUGGACAUAUGCACAGUGGCCCGUACAAACCCUGAUGCUAUUGGAGAGGUGGUGCAGGUGCCGGCUCACUUCCCUAAUAGGUACUACAGCACUCUGCUGCAGACUCUCCAGGGCUGUGAUGAGCAGACAGUGGACACAGUGAGAACUGGAGUCCUGUCCCGUUUAGGGCCGGAUAUGGAGACCUUCCUGCAGCUGGUGCAGAAUAAGCCCUGUCCCACUGGCUCUAACUCCGCCGCCUACAACAACCCCUCCAGCUGGAGGAACAUGCCUGUGUUCAACAUCCAGCCGGGCUUCAGGAGCCGAGACCCCACUCACCUGUUUGCCAGAAAGAGGUCUUUGGAAGACAGCGAGGCACAGGCUCCAACACAGAACUAACAACAGAGCACAUACAUACACGUACCUUUUAACAUUUACACAUGCCAUCACAUUCAGUACACAUAUAUAUGCUUUGUUAGGUUGUUGUUGUUUCUCACAUGGUGUCCUCUGUUUUAUCUUAUUUGCAAAGUCUACCCUCAUUUUUGUCACUUUGCAGUCAAAAACUGCAUGAUUUGAAGGAAGGUUUUUCUAGCUUGCUCUAUUUUUGGUUGACAUUACAGUUUUCUGUAUUAGAGGUUUGAUAUUACCAACAACGUACUAUAAGCUAAUUUAUUUUAAUUUAUAGGGCAGAGACAAUGAGUGCAUUGCCCAAAUUGUAUGUUUAAUUUGGAGAGUAUACAGAGAGUUUAUAUUGAUGAGGUCUGCCAUGCUGGUCAUGGAGCUCUUUACUUUCUCUAACAUAUUGAUUCUGUUUUGAGAACAAGUUACACUUAAAGAGCAUUUUUAAAAUGAAUUUUUACAAUGAGAUUAAAGUUGCAUUAUGACAA